GCGGGGUGGGGGUCCAGGAGAGCACUUCUGCUAUGACAGCUUUGGUGCCCCGGGUCCUCACCGCGUUGUGCCUGGCAAAGUUGGCGCUGGACCGGUAGCACCUUUGGGGAAUCCGCAGGGAAAAUCGCUACACUGUGGGGGGACGAGGAAGGUUCGGGUUCAGGGUUUGGGGGGAGGGGGGAGGUCUGCCCCCCUCCCAGCUCGCUACCCUCUUUGAUGACUCCUGGAGGCGGUGGGUCCAUGAAAGACUGCGAGUACAGUCAGAUCAGCACCCACAGCUCCUCUCCCAUGGAGUCACCCCACAAAAAGAAGAAAAUCGCCGCCAGGAGGAAAUGGGAGGUGUUCCCGGGAAGAAACAAGUUCUUCUGUAACGGGAGGAUCAUGAUGGCCCGGCAGACAGGAGUCUUCUACCUGACUCUCAUCCUCAUCUUGGUCACCAGCGGACUCUUCUUCGCUUUCGACUGUCCGUAUUUAGCGGUGAAGAUCACUCCUGCCAUCCCGGCGGUCGGCGGGAUCCUCUUCUUCUUCGUGAUGGGGACACUUUUGAGAACCAGCUUCAGCGACCCUGGAGUCCUACCCCGAGCCACCCCAGAUGAAGCAGCCGACCUGGAAAGACAAAUAGAUGUUGCCAAUGGCUCCAGUUCAGGGGGGUACCGCCCACCUCCCAGAACCAAAGAGGUAAUCAUCAACGGCCAGACCGUGAAACUUAAAUAUUGUUUCACCUGCAAGAUUUUCCGCCCACCUCGAGCCUCUCAUUGCAGCCUGUGCGAUAACUGCGUAGAACGGUUUGAUCACCACUGUCCCUGGGUAGGCAACUGUGUGGGGAAAAGAAACUACAGAUUUUUUUUUAUGUUUAUUUUAUCUCUGUCUUUUUUGACAGUCUUUAUAUUUGCAUUCGUUAUCACCCACGUCAUUCUUCGUUCACAGAAUGCAGGUUUCCUAAAUGCCCUCAAGGACAGUCCGGCAAGUGUCCUGGAAGCUGUGGUGUGUUUUUUUUCUGUCUGGUCCAUUGUUGGACUCUCAGGCUUUCACACGUAUCUGAUCAGCUCCAAUCAAACCACAAAUGAAGAUAUUAAAGGCUCUUGGUCAAAUAAGAGAGGGAAAGAAAACUUCAAUCCUUAUAGCCAUGGAAACAUCUUUACAAAUUGCUGUGCUGCCCUCUGUGGGCCCAUCUCUCCUAGCCUCAUCGAUCGAAGAGGGUACAUCCAGCCCGACACCCCACAGCCAGUGGCGCCAUCCAACGGGAUCACAAUGUAUGGCGCAACACAGUCUCAAAGCAACAUGUGUGACCAAGACCAGUGCAUUCAGAGCACCAAAUUCGUUUUGCAGGCGGCAGCCACCCCGCUCCUUCAGAGCGAGCCCAGCCUCGCCAGUGAAGACCUGCCUUUGUCGGGGAAGGCCAGCCUCGGGGCUCCUUGUGCCACCUUGACCCUGGGACAGCCGACGCCACCCUCCUCCAUGCCAAACCUCUCAUCAGAGACAGUUCUGACUGACAUGAUUCCAUUAAAAGAGGAGCACAAAGGCCACCAGUUCCUUACUCCGGAGGAAGCCCCUUCCCCUCCGGGGAUGUUGCCGACAAGCAGCCCUCUCUCCCACAGCCACACCAUGCACGUCCUGAGCCUGGCCAGCCAGGAUUCUCUCCACGAAGAUUCGGUGCGCGGUCUCGUGAAGCUCAGCUCAGUCUGAUCCCUGUGGACCCUGGGUCUUGAGGACAUGAGGGUGGGAGGGACACCAGGUGAUUUUCCACAGGCUCUGCUACUCAGACCACAAGUGGCCACGCCAACACAAUGGACAGUCCACCACGAAGACUUCUCAUUCCAACCUGCCUAGAGGACAAGACCUCUGUGUCAUGGGAUUUACGCUAGUAAAGUGGAUUGGAGGAUGGAUGUCAUUUAUGAGAGGAGCCCUGUUGCUAAUGACUUUGUUCCAUUUGACUUUUUUUUUGUCCUCCCCAACCAUAAUAGAAAUUGAAAUAGUCAACGGCCAUCCAUUUCCUGCAGCCUCAUUGAGAUGAGGGAACUCCGAGCAAGUUAAAAUGCAGUCUGCAAAAUCUUUGCUCCAAAAUGAACAGGAAGACCAGUGGAUGUUCAAGUCAUGCUCUGUGGUUUUUAAGCUCUUGUAAUACCCACUCUUGUAAUAAAGUGUAUGACACUUGUGGCCAUGUCAAAAUGCACUUCAGUGUUAUGCUACUAAUAUCUGAGAUAGACGAUUACCAUUCCAUUUGUUAGUUUAAAAAAGAAAGAAAAAAAUGAAAAAAAGGCCCAAUGUGGAUUUGCAUGCCACGCUACAGUAUGUGUUACGGUGGUGUUGGUAUUAAAAGGAAGUGCUGCUUUUUUUAUUUGUGAAUUUCUAGGUGCCGUUCUAUCAGGCAGCCAUGCAACAGCCAGAAUUCAUGGACAGUGUCAUUAUUAUUCAACCUUAUUGUAUGUUGAGAGGUGGUAUCUAAAAUACCAAGGGCUGCUGAGUUUGAUCAUAUUACGUAUCAUUUAACCUUCUGUUCAAGUAUUUAAGUAAGGUAUUGUGUCGUGCCAUCUAUGCCACAGAUUCUCCACUACCUUAUGUGAUGAGAUUUCCUGUGGACAUCCAAUAAAAUGACGCCCUUUAUUCCUUUG